CUUUCAACGUCAUAGAAUCUAAUAAAACUAGCGUUUUUCCACUGCCUUGGACAGUGGAAAGUAAGCCAAAAGCAGCUACUAAUACUACCAAAACACCAACUGCCAUGCUUCUUAGCUGGAUUACAGGUUGUAGAGGUACUGACUGAGUGAGAGAACUUACUUUUUUUCGAUCCCGCAUCUGUUUCCAGGUCAGUGGUCAUAGGUCAUGUAUUGAUUGCCGUUGUAAACAAGAGGGUUUUCCAUGUUUAUGAGAAAAGUCUGUUAACAUUUUUUUACAAAGCUGAACAGCGUCAUCAACCAUGGGGUGUGAUAUCCCAUGUGUUACUUAUGUCGCCCUUUACAUUCUUUCGUCUUCAAUAAUAUCCACAAAUACACGAUCAGCCACUCACUGGAGAUUGGUGAAUCGGGAUGGUGUAGCUCUUGUUGAGCCUGUUAUCGACGAGGUGCCAACAAUGAGUGUGAACAGUGAGGACCCAGUCUUGAGCAUCUUAGCGCAAAAAUAUGGAUUUGGUGAGGCGAGUGAACGGGCUGAAUGUGUCUCCUGUGAAGAGAAACUAGGACUAGAGCGAAACAGAAUUUUUCAAGAACCUGAUGACCCCCUAUUUUGCACACCACAUGCAAACAGUACAGACGUUGACCAUCUGGAUGGCAUUAAGAAACGCAACAGCCACGUAUCAAGCCCUGAACCUGAUGUCGCCAUGAUUUUCAAGAAGACAGAAGGAGAAGAAAUUGAUGUUAAUACCUUAGAAACAAAUUUAAGAGAAUUAAUUACCAAUAAUCCUGAAUCCCUCUCUGUUUUAAACCAAGUAGGAAACUUCUGGCGUAUAAAGGGAAAUACUCGUCUUGCAAUAGAAUGCUUCCGGAAGGCACUUUAUGUUUCACCACAUAACCCAGAUAUUCUUUUAAAUUUGGCACGUGUGUUUUACAAUCUUAACUAUCUAAAUUCAUCGUGGGUGAUAGCACAACAGUCUUUGGAACUUAAGUCGUGUAAAGGGCCGGACCGUAACGCCUGGUUGCAGCACUAUACUCUAGGUGAAAUUCACAAGGCAAUGGGUAAUGUCAGUGAAGCAUCGGACCAUUUUCGUCAUGCUUUGGAACUGAAUCCUGGAUUACACCAAGCAGAACUACAUUUGCGGCAAAUGGACGAACCGAUUCUUGUAAAUGUUACAGUUUACACAAUUGUUAUCAUCUUGGUUAUGAUGAUUGGAGUGUGUGUUGGGCUGUACAUCACUGCGAGUAAAGGAAAGUCUGCAAGUCGUGGAUUGCCAUUGCAGGCAGCAAAUGGAGACAUGACGUAAAUCCAGGAAAGUGCAUCAGCAAUGUAAUGGAGGAUUGUGUGUACCAUCUCAUCAGGAAAUUGUUUUAAUAUUUUAUUGUUUUGGAAAAUAUUUCACCAUGGCACUGUUUUGCACCAUACUACCAAAAAAGCAAAAAAACAGUGAGUUUUAGAUCAAAGAUGAUGAGGAAUCUCAGAGGGUUUGACAUCACUUUGAAUCCACUAUUGCAGAAAGUGGUCUUCGGACCAAUCAGAAACUUCAAUUAGUUCCAUCUAGCUAGCAUGCUGGCUAUACUCUGAUGCAUUAAUAGCACUUCUUUAUCUGCUAUUUUUCUUUUCGCAAAAUCUAAAUGAAACAGUAUUCAUACUGUUUCACAGGUUGUGUCAUACCUGUAUGUGAUAGAUAAUUAGCAUAUCAUGACUCAGAUUCCUCGUAAUCUCAGAUCUUCACCGCCCAGAAAUUUUGGUGCCUCUUGUCAAAAUUUCAGUGCAUAAUAAUGUUAUGUGCUACUCGCUUAUCUAGUCUGUUAUGUGCCCCCCCCCUCUUUUAGAAAAUUCUGCAUCCGCCCACUCAUCAAAUCAAAUCAAAUAUACUUUUAUUUUCCAUACAAUAAAGUAGUACAAUAUACAAUAAGAAUGCAAAAUUGAAACAAAUACAUUGUAUGGAAGGAGGCUACUGUAAGUUCAACAAGAGCUUUAAGACGUAGCCACCUUUAAAAAAAGUUGGAAAAAAAUGACCGGUACCAUUGUUUAGUUUUAUCUGAAAUAAUAGAAUCAUAGAAAUGAUAUACCAAUAAAAUUAUAAUAAUUCCAAUCCAGCUCAUCAAACCCUUCAUGAUUCCUCACAAGGACUAUUCAGUGAUGUAACAAGGACGCCCAAUUAGGCACCUGGCUAAAGCUUCUACUUAGGAGCUGUGAUGUAGAACCCAGUUGAGUACAGGGCAAAGCCUGCCCGUUACAGUGUUUUUGAUUUUUUAAGUGCUUAUUUUUUAUUUUCGAUAAUUUAUUUUUCACGUUUUUGUUACCAGGCCUUAUGAUGGUUCGUAGUAAUGCAUUGGGCGAGACUUUUUAAUACCUUGUUUUAAUAGGAAACUUAUUUUUAACUGGUUGUCAGAAGAGGGUGGGAAAACAAAUACAAAUAUAAUUUUGUUUUCUGAUUUAGCGAAAUGAUUUUGCCAAAGCAUCUCUGCUGAGGAGAAAAUAAAAAUAAAAUUUUAUUGAUGUAUGUAAACAGUGUAGCGUAUUAAUGAGAUUGAUAAAUGCUUUAAAUUUAUAAUAAUUAAGGAAGAAAAAGAUUUUUAGAUUUUUUUUUUUGAGUGGCGAGCGUAACAUUUCUUUUUUUUCGGAAACUUCCAUGUUUUUUGGGGGCAAAGGCUCUGCUAACUAGUCAAAAAUAAAAUUAUAUUUUUAUACGAAAUCACCAUUAUUGGUAGUCAGGGGUUCCCUAAAUAAGGUAUAAAAAAGUCUCGCCUUGGCCCAAAAGUAAAUGCUAUUACUAGAUUACAUUUAGCCCCUCACUUCUCUUGGAUUCUAAUGCAGCCAUUAUAAUUUCAAUAAUUUUUACUUACAAUAUAAUGUUUAUACCAUGAUUACAGUUGUGGUCCACCGAUUCCAUAUUUAAACCAAUUGUUUUAAUUUAUUUUGUUCUGUUUUAAAUUAUGCAAUACAGUGUAUUUGUAUUUGGUUCAUGAUGAUGUUGAUGAUGUUUUCUAUGAUGUAAUUUAGAAAGAAUAGUGAUAGCCUCUCCUCCACACAGAAGUGAGUAAAUUAAUUAAAUUAACACCAAGGUUUUCUGUGUUUCACUUUAAAGAGGUUUUACUCAGCUGUUUCAGCAGGAUUUACAGAUUCAAGUCUUGAUUUCUGAGAACAGUAUGUUUUUAUGUUUCAUUAAAUAUAAAGUUAUAAGAUUAAGUCA